UCCGCAGGAAGAAGGAAGCGAUGCCGCAGUCUCCUCCCGGCACUCCCUCCCCGCCUGCUAAGUCCGCCGGCUGUCACCAUGUCUGCCUCGGCCGUCUUCAUUCUCGACGUCAAAGGCAAGCCCUUGAUCAGCCGCAACUACAAGGGCGAUGUGGCAAUGAGUGAAAUCGAACACUUUAUGCCUCUACUUGUGCAGCGGGAAGAGGAAGGUGCCCUAGCUCCUCUGCUGAGCCAUGGCAAAGUUCACUUCCUAUGGAUCAAACACAGCAACCUCUACUUGGUGGCCACCACACUGAAGAAUGCCAAUGCCUCCCUGGUGUACUCCUUCCUCUACAAGACCGUGGAGGUAUUCUGUGAAUACUUCAAGGAGCUGGAGGAAGAGAGCAUCCGAGAUAACUUUGUCAUUGUCUAUGAGCUGUUGGAUGAGCUCAUGGACUUCGGCUUUCCCCAGACCACCGACAGCAAGAUCCUGCAGGAGUACAUCACACAGCAGGGCAACAAGCUGGAGACAGGCAAGUCACGGGUGCCACCAACUGUCACAAAUGCUGUGUCUUGGCGCUCUGAGGGCAUUAAGUACAAGAAGAAUGAGGUCUUUAUUGAUGUCAUAGAGUCUGUUAACCUGCUGGUCAAUGCCAAUGGCAGCGUCCUGCUGAGCGAGAUCGUGGGCACCAUCAAGCUCAAGGUCUUUCUAUCCGGAAUGCCAGAGCUGCGACUUGGCCUCAAUGAUCGUGUGCUCUUUGAGCUCACUGGCCUUUCAGGCAGCAAAAACAAGUCUGUGGAGCUAGAAGAUGUCAAAUUCCACCAGUGUGUGCGGCUCUCGCGCUUUGACAAUGACCGCACCAUCUCCUUUAUCCCUCCCGAUGGUGAUUUUGAGCUCAUGUCUUACCGCCUCAGCACGCAGGUUAAACCGCUGAUCUGGAUUGAGUCUAUCAUUGAGAAGUUCUCUCACAGCCGUGUGGAAAUCAUGGUCAAGGCUAAGGGGCAGUUUAAGAAGCAGUCAGUGGCCAACAGUGUGGAGAUCUCUGUUCCAGUACCUAGUGAUGCUGACUCCCCACGCUUCAAGACCAGUGUGGGCAAUGCCAAGUACGUGCCGGAGAAGAAUGUCGUUAUUUGGAGUAUUAAAUCCUUCCCGGGGGGCAAGGAAUACCUGAUGCGAGCCCACUUUGGGCUCCCCAGCGUGGAGAAGGAGGAGGUGGAGGGUCGGCCUCCCAUUGGAGUUAAAUUUGAGAUCCCCUACUUCACUGUCUCCGGGAUCCAGGUUCGAUACAUGAAGAUCAUUGAGAAAAGUGGUUACCAGGCACUGCCCUGGGUUCGCUACAUCACCCAGAGCGGAGAUUAUCAACUUCGUACCAGCUAGAAGUGAGAAGAGAUGGGAGCUUAAAUGUGGGGCUUCCCUCCCUGCUGCAGACUGUAGAGAGGGAGAGAAGGUGGGGUGUGUAUGUGUCUGGUGUCUGCUAAGUCUAGCAGGUCCCUGACUUGGUAGUUUCUCGCUCCCAGUACUUGUCCCCCUUCUUACCUCUUCUUUAUCCACAGCCUGGGAGGGAUACCUACUGUGCCUUCCUUACUCUUGGGGCUUUCCUCCCUUCCAAAUUCAUGUGAAGAAAUCAAAGAGGGGCUUGAAGUCCCUCUCAUGAGUGCCUUCUUGCAAUGACCUGCCUUAAUGGUUGUUGGGGGUCCCUCCCUCCUUCAUAGCUGCUGAGCCAGCAAGGCCCACUCCUCUGAGUUUUAAGAUGUUAUUAAAAAGAUGAAUCUA